AUGCUCUCCAAAAAAAACUUAUAUCGAUUAAAAAAUGUAGUAAAGGAUGGGUUGACAUUCUACAUCAGAGGUCCAAACUUUGCAGCACUGAAGACGGGUAGUUUUAAGUUAACUCCUCAUGAUCAGAAAUUCACAUUCGUCCAACAAACCGUUGUUACAGAGUGUAACGAUUUUUCUGGAUCUGUGUUUGGGUUUUCAUUGAACCAUCCUCAUGAUACAUCUGUUGAUGUUAUGAGUUUGGUUGUUGCAAUUGCUGAGAUACAACAAGGUCAUCCAGAAAAAUCAAAACACAGGCUGAACAUCCGCAUCCAAGAUGCAAACGGUUUGCAACUUCAUGUCAAUUUGUGGGGUGAAUAUGCGUACAAGAUGCUUGAUUAUAUACAUAACAAUGAAGACAUUCGGCGCAUCGUUCUUAUUCUUCAAUUUGGUCAGAUUAAUGUUUGGAGAGAUCGUCCAAGUGUAAACAUCUACUUUACAUCUUCCAAGUUGUUCAUUAACUCUGACAUAGAUGAAAUUACUAAUUUCAACAAAAGUUUGGAUGGAGAUGAUCGUCCCGAUUCAUCUACAAAUACAUUUUCAAUUAUUCCAUCCAAUCAAAUUUCUGCAUAUGAUGAUUUCAUGGUAAAAAAUAACCUGAAGGGUAUCGCUGAGGUUUGGGAACCCGUCGAGCGUGGAGACGAUCUUGGUUUAUAUCCGGGGGAAAUUAAUGCAUUGAAAGGUUUGAAAUUGGCCUUUAAAAUUUCUGUUACAAAAUUCAACAUGUCCAACAAAAACAACCAAUAUGGUAUUGCUAGAAUCAGUGAUGAUGAGACUUUAAUUGAACAACUUGAAAAUAAGUUUGACGAGUCACAGUCGUUAGAUUUUGGUUCGGUCGAUUUGCAAUCUCAAGAUAUCAAAAAUUUAAAGGAUGCAGUUUCUGGCACGGACGAUAACAUAACUCCUUCCACUAUCGACAAAAACGACACAACAAAUCCAAUGAAGAUUUUGAACACAACACCGGUCUUAAAGCGACAUCUGGAAGAAGUUUUCGAUUUAGAGAUGAAUGAUCACUUAUCUACAUCAAAAACUCCAAAAAUAUCUCCAGAUGGUCCAGGAAAACAAUUGUUGAAAGUAAAGUUGGAGAAAAAUGACUGA